AUGGCUCACUUCUUGAAAGGUCAAUUCAAAGCAUUUUACAAGGUAGGUCCUUCAGAAUGCGUCCGUGAUGUGAUUCGCUUUAGAAAGUUCAAAGAGACCUCACUCCAAUACGAAUUAACAAGAAGAGACAUGGAGACAUAUCUCGGAAGAUUUUUGAGAUAUGAGAACGCCUCAAUUUCACUAUUCCCAGUAGACGAAAACCAGCCCAGACUAGGAGGUAAAGUCAGAGUCAAGGUGCUUGCCAUGGACUGGCGCACAUUCACCCCUUCAUACAAAACUCUGCACGGAAUCUACUCAGAUGACUUCAUCACCUUCGGAGAGUUCAAAAAGGAUGCUGGCGAUCCCUUCCACGAUGAAGCUCUAUUGCUCAAAGUAGUUGAUGAUUAAGAUAAAUCCAUAGUCGCCGACAGAGUCACUUUCAGAUUUGAAGGCAAUGGACUACACUUCAAAAGAGAAGUCAAUGGAGAACUUCUCGACACUGAGAUUCAUCACGAUGUUCCCGAGACUAAACUCACUCCCGUUAUUGAUCAAACAUGGAGUGAAACCCUCUUCUAUGGGGUCGGAAACAAAAACAUGUGA